UGGUUGGAAAGCAAACAGACGACUUUCCGCCGGACCACGUUGAUCCGGCCGACUCGGGGGUUUCCGGGCUGCACGUUUCGGCACAAUGCCAGCGCACUGCGUCGCGUAUGGCUGUACUAAUUACUUUUACGGCAAAGAGGCGGUGAAGUUUUUUAGAUUUCCGUCAGCAAAACUGUAUCCCGAGAAGCGAGAUGCUUGGAUUGCUGCGGUAAAAAGGAAGAAUGAAGACGGUUCGUUGUGGCAACCGAACGAACAUUCACGCAUUUGCAGCGCGCAUUUUAUUGCAGGCGCUGUUUCUACAAAGCAGCAAGGUAGCAAGAACACAGCAAGUCAGCUCCCUGCCACACAGCAACCUACAGCCCCUUCGUUGAACCAAGGGAAGGCCAAUAAAGGUGCUGGCAUGAAUGAAAAUACAUCUGCAGCCCAGCCGGAGCUACUAACCACCACGCAACAGCCUGCAUCCCCAUCACCGGCACAAGGGGAAACCACUAAAGAUACCAAGCCAUUGCAGGCACCGCUGCCAGAAUGCAGUUGUCAACAGUGCAGUUGUGGCAACGUGAGACGCAUGGAGCGCACUCUCGGUGAACUGCAGAAACUUGCUAUCCAGCUUCAGAACAGAAACCUAAGGCUUGAAAACAAGCUUGAAAGGGUAGAGUCAAGACUUCUCACAGUAAAAAUACUGCGUGAUCCAAGCAAAUGCAUGCAUUACGUUGGACUUCCAAACAUUGAAGUUUUCCAAAUCUUACUGGACUACCUAAAACCCCUUGCUAGUGAAAUGGCAUACUGGGGUUCGAACCAGAAAGGCGGAAAGAACCUCCGUGGCCGUCGAAAAGAUAGUGAAUUGGAAAAUGAGUUCUUUAUGACAUUGCUUAGGCUGAGAAGAGGAAUAGGUGGUGUAGAGCUAGCACGCAACUUCCUAAUAUGUGAAAGCCAGGUUAGCCGCAUUUUCACCACAUGGGUGAAUCUGCUGCAACGAGAGCUAAAAAAACUUACUACGCUACCUUCUCGGGAAGCCUUGCAACCAUACCUGCCGAAGUCAUUUCGUGACUUUGCGGACACAAGAUUGGUUCUUGAUGCAACUGAAGUGAGAAUUCAGCGACCAUCGUCGCUAAGUGCCCAAAGGCAAACAUUUUCAGCAUACAAACAUUUCAACACAUACAAGGUGCUUGUGGGGUGCACUCCCGAUGGAUACAUAGCGUUUGUUUCCCGCCUUUGGGGUGGGUCAGUGUCAGACACGACGAUCCUGGAAAGCAGUGGAUUGCUCGACGAGUUAGUAGAAGGAGAUGCAGUCAUGGUGGACAAAGGUUUCACCUUCCCCUACAUACCACCUGGAGUGACUGUGUACCGACCACCAUUCCGUCAGCGUCAUGAAAAACAGAUGCCACCAGCUGCAGUCCAUGAAACGCGGUGCAUUGCCCGUGCAAGAGUCCAUGUCGAACGGGCUAUUGCACGCGUGAAAAGUUUUCGUCUACUUGACCGGCCAUUCCCAAUUUCCAUGAUUGAUAUUGCUGACCACGUGUUUCAAGUGUGCUGCUUCCUCAGCAAUUUUAGGAAUCCACUCAUAAAAGAUGAAGUGGCUGUAUAAGCACAUCUUAUUUUGUUAUAGCGCAAG